GAAUCAGAAGAUCAGAAAACAAAAAAAGGCGCCAUGAAAUCAGAAGCGUCCAGUCAAGCGCGCCUUCUUCGCUUUCUCGUUGCUCAUACCGCCCCUUUCCCUUUCUGUCUGCCGCCCCUUUUUCCGGCAAUGCUGCUCCUUAAUUCCUUGACAUUGGCCACCACCGCCGCCGCCUUCUUCUUCAACAACAACCAUAAUCAUUACCAGGUCCCUGUGGUGGAAGCCGAUGAUAUUCCUUUUCCCACUGCAUGGUGGUUCGUUUACGCUGGCCUCUCCUGUCUCCUCGUUUUGUUCGCUGGUAUUAUGUCCGGCCUCACCCUUGGCCUCAUGUCUCUCAACCUCGUCGAGCUUGAAAUCUUGCAGCGCACUGGUUCUUCCACCGAGAAAAAGCAAGCUGCUACUAUUAUUCCGGUGCUGCAGAAGCAGCACCAAUUGCUAGUUACGCUGCUGCUUUGUAAUGCUUGUGCUAUGGAGGCUCUUCCUAUAUACCUUGAUAAAAUCUUCCAUCCUUUUGUCGCGGUUUUGCUAUCUGUGACCUUUGUUCUUGUCUUUGGCGAGAUUAUUCCGCAAGCAAUAUGCUCGAGAUAUGGACUUGCUGUUGGUGCAAAUUUUAUAUGGCUAGUGCGUAUUUUGAUGAUCAUCUGUUAUCCAAUUUCGUACCCGGUUGGAAAGGUCUUGGAUGCAUUACUUGGUCACCAUGAUGCUCUGUUUAGGAGAGCUCAGUUGAAAGCCCUUGUUUCUAUCCAUGGACAAGAGGCUGGGAAGGGAGGUGAACUCACACACGAUGAGACGACCAUCAUCAGUGGGGCAUUGGACUUGACAGAAAAGACUGCAGAGGCGGCUAUGACACCAAUAGAAUCAACAUUUUCUUUGGAUGUGAAUUCCAACUUGGACUGGGAAGCAAUUGGAAAAAUACUUGCACGUGGUCAUAGUCGUGUCCCAGUCUAUUCUGAGAAUCCAAAGAAUAUAAUUGGUCUCCUAUUGGUGAAAAGUCUUCUGACAGUAAGAGCAGAAACGGAAACUCCAGUCAGUGCUGUUUCCAUACGGAGAAUUCCUAGGGUUCCUUCAGAUAUGCCAUUAUAUGAUAUCCUAAAUGAGUUCCAAAAGGGAAGUAGUCAUAUGGCGGCUGUAGUCAAGGUCAAGGAGAAGAAUAAGAACUCAGUGUUUGUCAGUGAUGGAGAUAAACAUGAGAAAAAUAAAUUUACCUCUAAGAUAUCUCCGCUUUUCACUCCCUUGCUCUCAAAACAUGACAAUGAUUUGGAAAGUGUUGAUGUUGACAUUGAAAAAGCUCCAAGGAAUACUGAUAACAGGCAAACCAUGCAGCAUAAUGUGGUUGCAACAAAUGGAGUGUGCAAUUUGUUUGAAGAUAUUGAAGAUGGGGAAGUUAUUGGGAUAAUCACUUUAGAGGAUGUUUUUGAAGAACUUCUGCAAGAGGAAAUUGUAGAUGAGACAGACGUAUAUGUGGAUGUCCAUAAAAGGAUACGUGUGGCUGCGGCUGCAGCUGUGGCUGCUUCAUCUGUGGCCCGAGCUCCAUCAACUCGUAGGUUGCCACUUGACAGGUCAAAAGUCCACCGUAGUUCGAAGUAGGGUGGUCAAGAUCCAGGAAGGCUGCUGGAGAUGAUAGAUUCGAUGAGAUUUUAAGGAAUUGCGCUGGUACUUCUGCCUAGUAAUAAAAGAUGAAUCAACAAAGUAUCAAACGGAAUUCAUUACGUGCUUCACCAAGCUUUAACUCUCCAGCUUCCGUAGUAUCGAUCAGAAGAUUUUUAAUUUUAGCUUUAGAAUAAAUAAUCAUCCUAAGAAAGCUCCGGUCGUCAUUACUUCAAGCAAAUCAAUGACGAGAAUAGUAUGAAAUUUUCUCUUUCUUGUACACAGUAGAAGAUAAUAGUAGCUGCUGAUGUAGAGAACGAAAGAGCAAUAUAAUAUGACUCGCUUUUGUUAA